UCUGUAAAUUUCAAAAAUGUGUGUAUUAAAAGGAAAACGAAACUUAAUUCGUGUAUUAAACAGGGUUCCAAAAUAGUUAAUGUAUUUUAUUAGCUGUGUGCAAUUAAACACUAACGCCGUCAAUUAAACACUAACGCCGUCACCACUUCCAUUAAACAUAGUUGACGCCAUCAAAAGCGAUGUGUAAAACCUGCGAAUUUCAAGAAUUUGUAUAUUUAAUUGGCAGUAAAAAUUAAUUCGUGUAUUGAACUGGAUCCAAAAUAGUUUAUGUAUUUUAUUAGCAAAUAAAAAUUAGGUAGUGUAUUUUAAAGGAAUUUUCCCAAAAUAAAAUUAUUAGAGGACCAAAUCUUUUUGUUUCCCCUAGCCCCAAGGCCUUAAAGAUAUAACAGCCGGCGUGAAGACAAUUCAAUAUUUUGCAGUCUUUUUUGCUUAUGUUCGUGCUUGGAGUUUGCCAAGAUAUGGACAAAAUCAGUCAGUUGCCUGAUGAAUUGCUUUUGAAGGUACUAUUGUUUCUUCCAACAAAAGUUGCUGCAAGCACAAGUAUUUUAUCCACGCGAUGGGAGUUUCUCUGGAUGUGGCUGCCUAAACUUGAGUACGAUCACUCAAUGGAUGAACGCAAGAGUUUAAGUCGUUUUAUUAAUCUGAAUAUGCCAUUGCAUAGAGCCCCGGUCAUAGAGAGCUUGCGUCUCAAUUUUAGUCAUGGAUACACGGGAUCAGUUACACCUGAAGAUGUCAGACAGUGGGUAGCUCUUGCCGUAACUCGCUUCCUUCGCGAGUUGAGUCUUGACCUUACUUUGGAAGUCAAUCCUACUAAACUGCCGAGUAGUUUGUAUACUUGCAAAUCGCUCGUGAUCUUGGAACUGAAAGGGAGUAAUCUAGUUGAUGUUCAUCGGACGUCUUGUCUCCCUUCCCUGAAAACUUUGAUUCUUCAAGGUGUGCUUUACGCAGAUCAAAAAUCUCUUCACAAACUUCUUUCCAGUUGCCCUGUUCUUGAGGACCUAUUUGUGGAACAAGAUGGGUGUGAAAGUGAGCAUUUUUUAGAAGCAGUGAGUGUAAUUGUGCCGUCCCUGCAGAGACUAACCCUAAAGCUAUGUAGAGGAUAUUUUUUUCACCGGCUUGUGAUAAACACUCCAUCUUUGAAGUAUUUCAAAAUUGAGGAUUAUACUUAUGAGCAUACUAAUGGUAUUGAUGAUGAUGAUUACUUCUUCUAUUCUGAUGAUAUGCCUAAGUUGGAGGAGAUGGAAGUCGAUUCGACAUACCUUGACAUACAGAACUUUGUUUGUUUAAUCACACAUGUCAAGCGGCUUUCAUUAUGCCUACCAGACCAAGCCGAAAAUGUAACAUGUUUCAAUCUAUAUGUCGAUCUCAUUUAG